UGCCCAGUCUGUCUGUGAUCAUGGCCUCGAGAAACUUUUACAUCGUGGCGUUGUGCUGUUUUGUGGCGGCCUCGUUCGCCCAGCAGUACAAUUAUGUUGAAGAGGAGGAGCCUCAACAGUUUGCCCGCCCGCAGCACAGAGCGAGCCCCGGUUUCUCCAGGCCUUCUUCACACGCCCAAGCGGCUCCGAAGCCGACACCAGUACCGAUUCUCAAGCAGAUAAAUAGGCACAACGACGACGGCUCCUACACCUACGGAUAUGAAGGUGCUGACGGAAGUUUCAAGAUCGAGACUAAACUCACCACCGGCGAGGUGAUGGGCAAGUACGGCUACGUCGACGACGUCGGUAAACUUCGCGUCGUCGAAUACGGAGCGAACAAGUACGGGUUCAUGCCAGCGGGCGAAGGCAUCACCGUCGCUCCUCCAACCCUCGUCGACGAAACCACCGACAAAGACGGCAGGAUGGUCGAAGAUUAUGACGAACCUGAAGUGAGACCUGCUCCUAAAUACAGGCCCGCACCUAAAGCUCGUCCUCAGCCACAGCCUCGUCCUCAACCUCGCCCUCAACCCCAAUUCCAAGACUACGAAGAAGAACAAAGGUACGAACAGCCGCAGCCCGUUCAGAAUUUCGCUCCUGUACCUCAGAGGUCACAAGUAUUCGCACCACAGCCCGCCCCUCGUCCUGCUCCUCAGCCAAGGCCGGUCCAGAGCUUCCAGUCGUCCGGAAGCCCAAUUCCUCCAAGGCUUUCCGUCCCUGGCGCCGCCCCCGUUUUCGCUCCUGCGCCCGUCUACGAACAGCCGAGACCCGCCCCCGCCAGGCUGCCGCCCCCACCGCCCCAGAGGCCCGCUUAUAGGCCACAGCAGGAAGCGAGGGCCGGCAGGUCGGGAAGCGUACUCGACCAGCUCGCCAAAGACUACGCCCUUCCUCAGGGCAGCGGCAGGGCCACGCACGAUAUUACUUUCGGCUCUUACUAAGUCAUAUUUUAUCUUCCGAGAUCGAUCAAUUUCUUUUCACUUUUUAAUUCCAAAGUGAAAUUGUAAAUAUACAUAAUAUUAUUAAAAGAUUUUUUUUUAAA